UAUAUGGCUCAAUGCUCAAAUGUUCAGCACUAAAGUUCAAACUCGAAGUUCAGAGAGAGAGAAUGAGUGGAGAAGGGAAGGUGGUUUGUGUCACAGGAGCUUCAGGUUUCAUAGCUUCAUGGUUAGUUAAGCUGUUACUUGAGCAUGGUUACACUGUCAAAUCUACUGUUCGUGACCCAAAUGAUCCUAAUAUAAAGCACUUGUAUACACUUGAUGGAGCCACAGAAAGACUUCAUAUCUUCAAGGCAAACCUGAUGGAAGAAGGAUCUUUUGAUUCUGCAAUUGAUGGAUGUGAAGGUGUUUUUCAUACAGCCUCCCCUGUAUUUCUUUCAACAAAUGACCCACAGGCAGAAUUGAUUGAUCCUGCAGUUAAGGGAACACUUAAUGUGCUUAGGUCAUGUGCAAAAGUUCAGUCUGUCAAGAGAGUCGUUAUAACUUCUUCAACGGCUUCAGUUUUUUUCAAUGAAAGACCUCUUACCCCUGAUGUGGUGGCUGACGAGACUUGGUUUUCAGAUCCAGAUUUUUGCAAGAAAUCAAAGAACUGGUAUGCACUUUCAAAGACCUUAGCAGAAGAGGCUGCUCGGAAAUUUGCAAAAGAUAAUGGAAUUGACUUGGUUACAUUACAUCCAGGAUUUGUAAUUGGUCCCUCCUUACAUUCAAAGCUUAAUUUGUCUUUGGAGGUGAUUCUGAACAUCAUAAAGGUUGACACAUUCCCUAGACCUUACCGAUUUGUUGAUGUUAGAGAUGUUGCGUAUGCACAUGUUCAAGCUCUCGAGGUUCCCACCGCCAGUGGCAGAUAUUUGUUAGUUGGAAAAGUUACACAACGUUGCAAGGUUCUGAAGAUUCUACAAGAACAUUAUCCAACUCUGCACCUCCCAGAAAAGUAAGUUCAAGUUUAGGAUGUGCAAACCAUUAUACCAAAUUACCAGAUUUCUAAGGACAGGACAAAGAGUUUAGGAAUCAACUUUAUGCCUCUGGAGAGAAUGAGUGGAGAAGGGAAGGUGGUGUGUGUGACUGGAGCUUCAGGUUUCAUAGCUUCAUGGUUGGUUAAGCUUUUACUUGAACGUAAUUACACUGUCAAAGCUACUGUUCGUGACCCAAAUGAUCCUAAGAUAAAGCAUUUGCAUGAACUUGAUGGAACUAAAGAAAGACUUCAUAUCUUCAAGGCAAACUUAUUGGAAGAAGGGUCUUUUGAUUCUGCAGUUGAUGGAUGUGAAGGUGUUUUCCAUACAGCAUCCCCUGUAACUUUCUCAGCCAAUGACCCACAGGCAGAAUUGAUUGAUUCGGCGGUGAAGGGAACACUCAAUGUUCUUAGGUCAUGUGCAAAAGUUCAGUCUGUCAAGAGAGUAGUAGUAACAUCUUCUAUAGCUUCAAUUUUGUUCAAUGGAAAUCCUCUGACCCCUGAUGUGGUGGUGGAUGAGACUUGGUUUUCAAGUACAGCUUUGUGCAGGGAGUUAAAAAACUGGUAUCUGGUUUCAAAGACCCUAGCUGAAGAGGCUUCUUGGAAAUUUGCAAAAGAGAAUGGGAUAGACUUGGUUACAUUACAUCCAGGAUUGGUGAUCGGUCCCUUCUUACACUCAACUGUUAAUCUGUCUCUGGAGGUGAUUCUGGACAUCACAAAUGGAGCUCAAACAUAUCCUGGCCCUUAUAGAAUUGUUGAUGUUAGAGAUGUUGCAUUUGCACAUAUUCAAGCUCUUGAGGUUCCCGAGGCUAGCGGUAGAUAUUUGUUAGUUGGAAGGGUUACACAAUUUUGUGAGAUUCUGAAGAUUUUGCAUGAGCAUUACCCUACUCUGCAACUUCCAGAAAAAUUGGAAGCUGCGAAGUAUGAGCCAACAUACCAGAUUUCCCAGGAGAGAGCAAAGAGUUUGGGCAUCAAUUUUAUGCCUUGGGAGGUGAGUCUUAGGGACACUGUGGAAUGCUUCAAGGAGAAAGGCUUUUUCAAUGUCUAA